CAUAUAAUAUAAUUUUGACUUUCCAUUUCCAUCCGUUUCAUUGUUCAGAUAAGGUUUUAAGAAAGAUAAAUGUCCACAAUCCACUUGUUUCAGUUUUCACGCUGGUAGCGCACGUGGGAAUUCCUCGUGAUAGUAAAAACAGGAAGGUUAAUAGACGCGAGUGCUAUCGACCUAGUCGGCCAACGGUUAUAACAGCAUUUUAAAGUACAGUAAACCAUGUCGUGGCUUUUUGGGUAUCGUAAUGCACAACCGCAAGACUUUUCGCAAUUUGUACAACCACCGGCAUCCGAUGGGGCUGGAGGCGGAGAUGAUCGUGCACCACCGCCUAGAAUUUCUCAAAUGGAACCGUAUCGAUUUGACUCGAGUGCUUUAGAAAGAGCAGCAACAGCUGCCAAGGAGCUCGAAAAAUCUUUGCAUGCCAAAGAGGCUUUAGAGCUAUCUAAAAUGCAAGAAACUACCAAACAAAUGGAAAGACAAGCAGAAGUAAAAAAGUAUGAAGCUAGCAUAGAGCAAAUGAAAGCUGAACAAAAACGUAUUGACGGGGAGGAAAGGAGAAAGGUCUUGCAAGAAGAAACUAAACAACAUCAAAUGAGAGCUCAAUAUCAAGAUCAAUUAGCAAGAAAGCGAUACGACGACCAACUGAUACAACAACAGAGAAUGAACGAUGAAAAUUUGAGGAGGCAGGAAGAAUCAGUGGCGAAACAAGAAGCAAUGAGGAAAGCCACGAUAGAACAUGAAAUGGAAUUGAGACACAAAAAUGAAAUGAAAAAAUUGGAAGCAGAAGUUAAAGCGAAAGCAAAAAUAGACAGAGAAAAUCAAGAUCUGAAUAUAGAGCAAAUUAGGGUGAAAGCGUCCGAAAAACGAGUAACAGUUUUGGAGUCGAUAAAAACCGCUGGUUCGGUAUUAGGCACUGGGCUCACAGCUUUUCUUCAAGACUGGGAUAAAGUUAUCGCUGCAGCUGGAGGCUUGUCUUUGUUGGCUUUCGGAGUAUAUACCGCGAAAGGUACAACGGGUGUCGCUGCGCGAUACAUAGAAUCGCGGCUAGGGAAACCGUCUCUCGUUCGAGAAACUUCUAGAUUUACAGUAUUGGAUACGUUACGGCAUCCUAUCCAAGCGACAAAGAAAUUAAAAAAUAAACAGACCGAUGCUUUAUCCGGUGUUGUUUUAGCACCAAAGCUCGAAGAAAGAUUACGCGAUAUCGCGAUAGCUACGAAGAAUACGAAACAAAAUCGCGGGAUGUAUAGAAAUAUAUUGAUGCAUGGCCCUCCUGGGACGGGUAAAACAAUGUUCGCAAAGAAGUUAGCGGAACACUCGGGUAUGGACUACGCGAUUGUGACUGGUGGUGAUUUGGCGCCAUUGGGUCGAGAUGGUGUUACUGCUAUUCAUAAAGUUUUCGACUGGGCAGCAACGUCCAGAAAAGGUCUUUUGCUUUUCAUCGACGAGGCGGAUGCCUUUUUAAGGAAGCGAUCGAGUGAGCAUAUUUCAGAAGAUUUGAGAGCGAUGUUAAAUGCGUUCCUCUACAGAACUGGUGAGCAGAGCAACAAAUUCAUGUUGAUUCUCGCUUCAAACACUCCAGAACAAUUCGAUUGGGCUGUAAACGAUAGAUUGGAUGAAAUGGUAGAGUUUCACUUACCGGGUCGGGCAGAGCGUGAACGUUUAGUUCGACUUUAUUUCGACAAAUUCGUUCUUCAACCAGCGAUCGAGGGCAAUAAAAGGUUAAAAGUUGCACAAUUUGAUUAUAACGCGCUUUGUAGUAAAGUAGCCGAAAUAACCGAAGGAAUGUCUGGAAGGGAACUAGCGAAAUUAGGUGUCACCUGGCAAGCAGCAGCUUAUGCUUCCGAAGAUGGUGUAUUAACGGAACAAAUGGUUAUCGAUAAGUGCAAUGAGGCUGUUAAGCAACACAAGCAAAAGGUUCAGUGGCAGAGCGAACAAGAAAAGCAAGAGGCGAAAUCGAUUUACGCCACUGAAAAAGAAAUAGAGAUCCAACCUAUAAAAUCCAAGACAGCAGUCGAAUCAUCAUCGGACACAACUUCCAUAGCGACGGCUUAAUUAAUUACCGUAAUUGCACAAAAUGUUGCAAGCGAUAUUUCAUUAAGAAAUCAAUUAUUAGUAAAUGACAAUGGAGAAGGUGUAAAUGAUAUUGUUACGAGAGGACGGAAUUAAUACUGACUUCUUGUUUUCUAUACAAAAUAUACGUGUAUAAAUAUUUUAAGGUAGAAGUAUAUUUGUUGUAAAUUCCUAGUUAGAUUAAACAUUACGUACACUUAUAUACAUACAUAUAUAUAAAUAUAUAUAUAUAUAUAUUUAUAUUUGUGUGUGCGUGUGUGUGUGUAUUUGUAUAUAAGAGUGCUUGACUGACAGCGAAUAUGCUCUAAAACGUACUUCGGUUACAAUUUAAUGGAGGCAGAAGUCUUACAAAUCCUAAAAAAAUUCACACGAAUCAUUAAAAUUCAAAUAUGUACUUUAAUAUUUUACUACCAGCUUCGUUCUUUCUUUUCGCUUAUUUCUAAGUAGUAAGUUUCUUGAGCUUUUCUGUAUAUUGUCAAUUUCGUAUUAGCGAAUUUAUCGGAUUAAAUAAAUAGUAACAGAAAAUUCUCAGGAAUCCAGAAGUAGUAGGUUUUAAAUUGAUAAUAAAUUGUUGGAAAAUAGGAUGCAGAUUUAAUCGAUAUCAUUCAACAGUACUACUAAAGAGUUCAUGUACAUGUAAUAUCCUAUCUUAUAAGUUUCUGUAUCUAAAUUACAAUAAUCAUAGAUAUAUAAACAUUAAAAUAAUUCGAUAUAAACGUUUAAGGAACGUUCAAGUGUACUCUUAUAAUUAUUAAUAAAUAUUUAAUAUCUU